CAUGCUUGUCUCCGUUACCAACUUCAUACCAACCCAUUUACCCAGCCGAUUUAGAUGAAAUAUACAAGACGACGAUCAUCAAUGGACGUCUCACGAUCUGUCAAACGCAUAAAUUCGAUAAUAAUUUUCCGAUCGAGCUAGAAUGGCUCAAGACAUGGUGGAGACGUUCGCACGAGGAUUAAUAGACCAGAUUGUAUUGGAAGCUUUCGAUCAAAUUAAAAUUCAAUCCAAGAAAGAAGUGUCAUACACUCAUAUGCAACACAGUGACACAUUUAUAGAUUACAAAGGAAGGGAUGAAAAAGAAUUGAUUGAAAAUAUAAUUCAUGAUCUACGAGGUGUCCAAAUUGGUGACACGUCUUAUUUGUUAUCAUCAUCUAUGUCAGUUUUGGAACAACGUCAGUCGAGACGUGCUGCGUGUUUUAUCGAUAACGCGUCUAUCGAAAACGCAUCGAUCAGCGUCGUUGAGAUGUCUGACAUCCAAGGUCAAGGUGACGUCGAACCAAUCGCAUUUGAUUCCGAAUCAUCGAAGAAGAAACGAGCUAAAUCAACGACCUGUAAUAAAGAAACAGAUCAACCUGGUGUUAACGAUGCCACCAAAGUAUCCACCAAUUUAUUGCAUCGAAUGAUCGAGGAAUUGGAGACCGUCACCGAGGAGACCAUAACAAAUCCUAACGACGCUGACAUAUACAACGAAAAAUCUAAAGAAGACAUUGCUGCUUGGGAAGAAAAAGAAGAAAAAUUGAUUCGAAUAAUCGAAGAUACCGAAGGAUCGCACGAUAGUAUUACCGAGGAAUCUAGAUCGAUUAGACAAUUCAAUGUGGACGAUGAUAGAGAAGAAUUAAAAUCGUCUAUGAUGAUGUCGGGUGCUUCUUCCUCGAGAAAUCUUUCAUUCGACGAAGUUUACAUAGAAGAAAAUACGUCAGAUUAUCAACAAACGCAGCAACAAAGAGUUUCAAUCGACGAGGUUGAAGAAUCUCAUGAUUUUUUCGUUGAAACUAAAGAUACUGACGAGAAAACCAAUUCGAAGAAAAAGAAAAAGAAGAAGAAGAAGAAUAAGGAAAGCUUUGGUCAAAGACUGAAAAGAUUCUUCCUGAAAAGAUUCAAACGUGGCAAGAAUUGAUAGAAUUACUUU